GCAACCGUAGCGGCGCCAGUGAGACCACGCUGCCUCGCCAAAGAUGUGAAAAUGGCGGAGCUACAAAUGCUUUUGGAAGAGGAGAUUCCAGCAGGUCGCAGCGCUCUGCUGGAUAGUUUUACUAAUUUGGAAAGAGUCGCCGAAUAUUGCGAGAGCAACUAUGUCCAGUCCCCAGAUAAGGAGCGAGCGCUGGAGGAGACCAAGAAUUACACCACUCAGUCGCUGGCUAGCGUGGCCUACCUGAUCAACACGCUGGCUAACAAUGUGCUGCAGAUGCUGGACAUUCAGGCCUCGCAGCUGCGUCGCAUGGAGUCUUCUAUCAACCACAUUUCUCAGACGGUGGACAUUCACAAAGAGAAGGUGGCCAGGCGGGAGAUCGGCAUCCUCACCACCAACAAGAACACGUCCCGCACACACAAGAUCAUCGCGCCGGCCAAUCAGGAGAGGCCGGUGCGCUACAUCCGCAAGCCCAUCGACUACAGCCUGCUGGAUGAUAUGGGACACGGAGUCAAGUGGUUGCAAAGGUUUAAGGCCAGCGCUCAGAGCAUGAAAGCCGGCGCCGGUGCGCUCCCUCGCACCAACCCACCAACACAGAAGCCUCCCAGCCCACCUAUGAGUGGGAAAGGGACCCUCGGGAGACACUCCCCAUAUAGGACGCUCGAGCCGGUGCGUCCUCCCGUUGUCCCUAACGACUACGUCUCAAGCCCGACGCGCAACAUGGCGCACCCCCUGCCAAGCCCAGCACGCAAUGCAUCUGUUAAUCAGAGGAACCGCACGUACAGCAGCGGGAGCAGCGGCGGCAGCCACCCCAGCAGCAGUCGCAGCAGCAGCCGGGAGAACAGCGGCAGCGGCAGCGUGGGCGUGCCCAUCGCCGUGCCCACCCCGGCCCCGCCCACUGCCUUCCCAGCCAACACGACUAAACCUCCACCCAACACCGCCACCACGCCUGGUACCCUACCCCCUGUCCUCGAUGGCCCCCCCCAGGCCUCUAACCCACCUGCCGAGAUCCCGCAUGUACCCCCGCCCCCUCCCCAGCUCCCCCCCUCUGCAGCCCCCACCGGCACAGGACCCGCUACUUAUGGAAACGCCGCACAAGGUGCUCCUCAAUUCUACAGCAUGAACCGCCCGGCGCAGCCCACUCAGAACGCCCAUGUGGGAGGAUCGCUGCCGUACCGCCGCCCCUCAUCCGUCACCGGCCAGCCCAACACGACUCCGAACCAGAACCAGCUCAACGGUGGACCGCACUUUGCCCAAAAUCAAGGCCCACUUGCGCCCCCUCCCCCUUCCAUGCAGAUCACCCCUCAGCUGCCCCUGAUGGGCUUUGUGGCCCGAGUUCAGGAGACCAUCUCAGAUGUGCCACCGCCACCCCCUCUUGCGGACGAGCCAGUCUUUGAGGACCCUACACCUCCUCCUCCCCCACCGGAGGACUACGAGGACGACGAGGAGGAAGAAGAGGAGUCGGCGGUGGUGGAGUACAGCGAUCCGUACGCCGAGGAGGACCCGCCCUGGGCGCCACGCAGCUACCUGGAGAAAGUGGUGGCCAUCUACGACUACAGUCGGGACAAAGAGGACGAGCUGUCCUUCCAGGAAGGCGCCAUCAUCUACGUCAUCAAGAAGAACGACGACGGCUGGUACGAGGGCGUGAUGAACGGAACCACGGGCCUCUUCCCGGGCAACUACGUGGAAUCCAUCAUGCACUACGCCGAUUGAGAAACGCCCCUCGCCCCUCCUCUGCGCAACCACGGAGACGAGCAGGCAGUCGGGAAGAGGAGGGAAUGAGGGGGAGCCGAGGGUUAAAGGUCAGACUUUGAACAGACAGAGCACGAUCACCUCCGGGAUGGGACGCCGAAGAGAGCCGACGCCCGGUCCUCCUCUCCGCCCAAACAACCACUACUUUUUCCCCUUUCUUCUGUUUCUUUCUGGCCGCCGGUCGAUUUGAAGAGUGUUACGCAACGAGGCAUUUUCUUUGAAUUCGUUCGGCCAAAUUAUUUGAGAGUCGACUAUUUAGUUUGAAUUUUUGCGCGCGGUCAAAAAACGGAAAGGCGGGACCGAGGCAUUGGACAGAUAAAAAAUUCUCCUUGGACAAACACGGAAACAUGCAGCAAGUGUUUGUAUGCGGGCCGGGCUCAUGUUGGAAGUGCCGCACCAACCAACGGUCAUGAUAAGCACAUGCGGUGGCUUCAGAAAGUGUGUAUUAUCCGUUUACGCUAAUGGGCGGUCACGUGACCUUCCAAAGAAGUGAGGAGUCCCAUCCUCCGUUGCACAAUGUGCGGCAUCUCUGGUGAAGAAGAGAAGUCCUAUCAGUCCUCGGCUCGGAACUGCCCACUGGCAGUGUUCCGAAGCGCUUGGGUUGAUUUCGCUUUUGUUUGACUUCUCCGAAAAGGAUUUGCAGAGUGGCAUGUUUCUACUUGAAGGAAAAAAAAAUGGCUCUAUUGUGAUGAUUUGUGUCUUACUAUUUUUAGAUAUGCCGUGAUUUUUUUUUUUUUUUUGCCCCACCCCCCCGACCACCAGUGAUGAUGCGUUUUAUUUUGAAGACACUUGUGCCAUAUUGAGAUGUGCGUUGCAGUUGGAUAGAGUUGGAUGGCUUCUCUCCCCCCCUUCCACUUUUCUUAAGUUGUGUUAACCAAAAGAACAUGCGUUUGUAGUGAAGCGAUGUAGAAGAACUAAUAUAAAAGUGACGAGAUUUCUCGAAUAUGAAAAGACGGCUGUUGUGUUGACAUGGUUUUGACCAUCACAUCUGAUACUUUUGUUGUCUGUCGGCAGUGUGAAGGGUGUAUCAUCUUAAGUGCGCUUGACAGUGUCCGGCAUAAGCGCCGCCUCAGUACUUAAGCCAGAAACUUUAUUUUCUAUAUUAAAAAAAAAAGAAAAGAGAGAGAGAAAAUUAUUCCAGUGGGUCUGUAUGUGAGUCUUGCAUGCCAUGAUUAUCUGUGCUUUCCCCCCACCCAAACCCACAUGGCAAGAUGUGAUAUUCUAAAAAGCAGUUGUGGCCCGCCUCAUCCAAAGAAGGUAGUGUACAUCCGCCUCGGGACAUUGGUGACGAGGACAGGUGACAGUCCGUGAUGCCAUUGUGUUGCACAUUUUCAAGCAGGAGUCUCAUAUUUGUAAAAUCCAGAGAACAAAGACAAUAAAGAUACAGUAUAAGGAUUCA